AUGCCGUCGCGGAGCAUCAAGUGGCACAUCGCGCAGACGAAUGGAAAGCAGUUCGUCACAGAUGGCUUCUACGCUAUGAUGGACGCUAACACCAGCCAGAAAUACUGGCUUGGGGGGCGAAUCACAGUGACAGUGCCUUACCGGAACCCGCGAGCGCAGCCUGCGACGCUUUUGACGCCUAGUAUGGACAAUCGCGCGGCGCGAUUCGGCGAGCUACAAAAAGCCCUCUGA